CUCCCUCUGCGAGAUAAGGGCCCCCCCCCCCCCCCUCCCUCCCUCGUCGCGAGCGAGGUUUCUCUCUCUAUCCCCCGGCCCCUUCUCUCUCUCUCACUACGAUGCUCGGAGAAUUCAACGCCUCCUCUUCUUCCUCCUGACGCUCGCCCUCCCCCCUUUCUCUCCAGGGCGAGAGGAGAGAGAGAGAGAGAGAGAUAGAGAGAGAGAGAGAGAGAGGGAGAGCUGAGGAGCCAUGGACCCAGCAGCAGCGGCGGCGGCGGCGGCGGCUCCGGCUCCGAGCGAGAAGGAGUCGAUGGUGGAUCCUUUCCUCGUCGAGGCUCUCCAGAACCCUCGCCAUCGCCUCACCAUUUUGAGGAUGGAACUUGAUCUUCGGAAAUUCUUGCAAAACUCUGGUCAGCAACACUUUGAAUUUCAGCACUUCCCAACCUCUUACCUACGGCUAGCCGCACACCGUGUUGCUCAACACUAUGGUUUGCAAACUAUGGUUCAGGACGGUGGUUUAGAUGGCAGUGGAAACAGGAUAUUGGUGAUCAAAACAGCAGGAAGCAGACUCCCUGCUGUCCGCUUAUCGGAUAUUCCUGCCAAGCAGUUGGAAGAUGAUAAGUCUGAACAGAUUAAGAUUGUUAUCAGGCCUCGACCUGGUAAAGCAUCUGCUGGAGCCAAUGACGCAGGGAUGAAAAGAAACCAAGUGCGAAGCAUGGAAGAGAGGAAGGAGGAGUAUGACAGAGCACGUGCUCGUAUCUUCAGUAGCCCAAGUGGUUCUGAUUCAGAUGAUACAUUUUCUCAGACCUUAACUGACCGGAGGAAUAUAUCUUUGAACAGAGAUGAUGAUGAAGCAUGCAGGAUUCCCGUGGUGGAUCUUGAUAAGAAUACAGGCAUUAGAGAUGGCAGCACACAAUCUAGGGUUGCCAUUCUUAAAGACAGAGAAAAAGAUCGUUCUGACCCAGAUUAUGAUCGGAGUUACGAAAGGUAUGUUAGGAAUAUCCCUGCUGGUCAAAGUUUUGGUUUGGUGCCCUUCAACGUGCCAAAGAUUCAACAUCCUUUUGGGCAUUUUGAUCCUGGAUAUACUCCACUUGGUCAGAUGCCGAGGUCCCAAGCUUCACUUAACUAUAUGCCUCCUUCUGGUGCUGUUAUGAACUCUUUUGGAGUGACGGGAUUGAAUCAAAGUACAAGUGAUACUGGGUACAUGCAGUGGCCUACUGCUGCAAUGAUGUAUGCACACUCAUAUGAGCAACUCCGGCAUGGUGUUUUCCAGGCCCCUGUCUGUCAGCAGCCACUGAGCUUUGAUUACUCGCAAAACCAUUAAGUAGUGGUAGGUUAUGGUGUUGUAUGACUGAUUCACAUGCAAAAACUUUUGUUCUGUUAGGAGUUUUCUUAUGUUAGACUUCAUAUAUUCAGAUCCAAUGUUUGGCUAGAUCCUUUGUUCUAUUUCAAGCUUCCGUGACUUUUUUUUACGUCUUUUCGACACUGAUUAUAGUAUGGGAUUUAUCUGGUGUUGCUUGUCA